AUGUCUUCUCUUCCUCAACCUACUAAUGUCAGUGGUGUCAAGGCCGACCCUAAAUUUUUGAGAGAUCCUUCUGCCUUGGAAUCAAUUUCGUCAGCUAUAUAUGAGUUGUCCUCUUAUGUAGCUUAUUCUCUUCCAACUUCUCUUACCUCGUUACGUAAGACUGCUACAAAUCCUACAAAUGACUUUAAAGCGCCAAUAAAUUAUCAUAAAGGCCAUUUAUCACAUCAAUUUGCCGGCGAUAUGGAUUCCAUGCCUGACGGACUUUUUGAGAAAAAACGGGACGUGAUCACAUAUGCGGCAUUCGAUGAAAUUUUGACAUGUUCUAAUGAUGCUUAUAAAAGCGCGAAAAAUCAAUCCGUUCUUUUUUUGGGAUAUCCUGACGGAUUCCAGAUAUGGGAUAUAUCAAGUGCUGAUAAUAUUCAUGAAAUUAUAUCAAUUAGAGAUGAAGAAAAUCUUGGUCGAGUUAUAUGCAUAAAGCCAAUACCUAAUCCAAGUCAGACAUCUAAAGAUGUUCUUGAUAAGUAUGCAGAAGUUCGUCCAUUAAUUGGAAUAGUUUGUAUAUUGACAUCACCACGAGAAAACGAUACAUUCCCAAAAUCCAAAAGUGUGUUAAAUUUUUUUUCAUUAAAAACACAUCAAAUAAUCAAAUCAAUGGAAUUUGAGAAUGAUUGCAAUAUAAUAAGCUUAAAUUGUAAUGAACGAGUCAUUGUUGUGAGUCUUGUUAAUCCGGCAAAGCUUCAUGUUAUUUCGUCUUCAACUCUGGUGUCAUUGCCUUUUUCACCGUUGCAAGAUGUUGCAGCACAUCCUUCUACCCGGGCUCCGGUAUUCGCCUUAGGGCCUCGAUUGUUGGCUUAUGCAACAACGAGCCAUCCACCAGAAAAUAAUGGUAAAAAAGAUGGCUACGUGAUGAGUGAUAGCGAUGAGGAUACUAAGGCAACCAGCAAAAAAUAUAAAGUUGCCAAGGGUGUUGCAAAAGAAGUUGUUAAUGGUGUAAAAUUGUUAGGCGAUUACGGAUACCAGACACUUUCUUCGUACUUUAAUAACCAAAAUCUACAGAAUCCUACAUCAAUAAAACCACAACCUACUAUGCCUAUAAAUAUCAACAAUCACUCCGAUGUGAUGGGACAUGGGUUUCCAACACAGACUAGUCCAUCUAAUGGAUAUUAUUACAAUCCAAGGGUUGGAAAUAAUAAUGUGGAAAGUAAUAAUGGCAUAAAUUUAAAUGGUAUUGCAGGUAGUUUUGAGAAUGGCAAAGAGAAUGGAGCUGUUGGAGCGGUAAUCAUACGCGAUCUUGGUAUAGCAUGUGAUGAACAAAAAAAGCAGUCAAAUAUUAUUAUUUAUUUUUCACCACACACCAAUCCUGUUGGGUAUUUAUCAUUCAGUCCAUCAGGAACAUUUUUGCUUUCGACAUCAGUUCAAGGUCAUCAAUUUCAUGUGUUUGAAAUUAUUGGUAAACGUCGUCGAAGUAGAAACAGCAAAAGUUUGAAACAUGUGUAUCAACUAUCGAGGGGUUAUACGAAUGCUAUUAUUGGAGAUGGAGGUGUGGGUUGGAGUGAUGACUCUAGAUGGUGUGCUGUAACUAGUGGUCGUGGAACUAUUCAUUUAUUUGCGAUCAAUCCUUAUGGCGGUCCUGCUCAUGUACCUUCUCAUAUUGCAGGAUGGGUUAAUAAUGUAGAUGAAUCGCAUAAAUUAACUACUCAACCAGCUGUGAUUCGCAUUAAGCCUCGUACACCUCUGCCUUCAGAUCCUACUAAUGUUAUUGGUGGCACUUUACAGGAUACAAAUGUGCACCUUAAUAAUUAUGAAUAUUCCUUUCCAUCUACAGAAACAAAUCCAAUCCUUAUUGAUCAACCACAACCAAGUCAAUUACACCGUGGAAAUUCAAACGGUCUUUAUACACAGUACGCAGUACAACAGCAUCCUAUGUUACAUUAUAACGCAUUGUCAUCUGUAAUUCCAAAUUAUUACCAAAGGAAACCUCUAGGAAUUUGUGUCAAAUUUUUACCUUCUGUAUCUAAUUGUUCUAUAUCAAGUUCAAACACAAAUAAUGUAUUGUUAGUUGCAAAUUUACAUGCAAGAAGACAAAAUAAAAAACGAACACCACUAAAUUUUAUGCCAGAAGGCACUUCCAAUAAUGGAAAAACUGGUCGCAGGAGAUCACAUUCAUGGUCUCAAAAUUAUACUUCAGGCAACACAUCCAAUUAUAUUGAAUUUGAGACACAUAGUAAUAAAUAUGAUAUUGGUUAUCAAGAUCUAUGGAGUUUUCAUCCUGCUGGCAUAUUGACAUUACAUCGUGUGUGGGUUGAGGGAGUAACACCCGAUCAAACACCUAAUCAAGGAACCAAAGAUGAUGCAAAUAAUGGUAAUAAUAUAAUUACUAUUGGUGGUACACCAUUAGCAGGAAAUGUAGCGGCAGUUGCUAAUGUUGGUAGAGCGUUGGUCGGUAGUGCAGCAGGUGUUGUAGGCAUGGGAAUGGAAAUAGCAACUGGAGCUGUUAGGAAAAAAACAAAUUCAUUAGAUAUGAUUAUUAGUUAUGAAGAUGUUGCUGAAUGGCAAUUAAUUCGUGAUACUACUUGGGCAGAAGUGAAAAAUGUUAUUGAAGCACCAAAACAAUAUAAUAUUGAAAACGAAACCAUAACUAAAAAAGAAAGUGAUAAAAAAAAAUGGCUUGCUAAUGCAGAAAUUGUAACUUAUACCAAUUCAAAAGUAUCCUUACCACCAUCUUUGUGGGCAACACCACAAUUUACUUUUCAAACAUUUUUGCCUGGUUACAAAGAUGCUAUAAACAAAGGAGAAGUACCUCGUUCCAAAAAGAUAGAAAUACGAAGGGAUAUUGUAGAAAGAAUAGAAACAAGUGAUGAAUUAGAUGGAUUUAAUGGAUUAAUGAAUAAUGAAGAAGGUAUUAAUAAAUAUCGAAAUGAUAUCAGAACCGGUAAAGCGGUUCUUAUUCCAGCUGGUAAAGCUAUUGGUAAAAGUACUGGAGACAUGUCAGCAAAUCUAUCAACAGCAAUGUGUACAUCACUUGAUUUUACACCAUCUAGCCCAACACUUUCUGCUGUUAACAUUAAAUCCAGAGAUCGUAUGUCAAACGGCAUCUCUAAUGGUUAUACAAGUUCAAAGAUUACGGAUAAUACGUCUACAACACCCUUAUCUUUUGAGGAUGCAUACCAUAUCCAUAUUGCAAAUAACAUUUCCACUACAGCAACAUCAAAAUUCACAACAUUGAACAAUAAAAGCAAUGUUUCAUUGGGAUUUUCAAACAAUGCUACAUUGACCCAACAAUUACAUUCAUCUGGUACUCAGUCGACAUCAUCAUCUUCUGUGGCAUCAGAGACCACAUACAGUGAUAAUACUGAAGAAUCAGAUUAUAGAGUAAAUAAUAUAAGCGAAAAAGAUGGAAACUUUUUCUUUUCACCUGAUGGAGAUAAUGAAGUAGAAUUACCUACUGAUAGCAUUAUAUUACCUCGUAAAUAG